GGAGUUCUACUCUGUGCGAGUUCGAAAACUGCAGAAUAUUUGAGUACGAUGAUUCUCACUAUGCGAGGCUCUUCUGAAGUGUGCCGAUGAUCCCCUGAGAAGUAUUCAGCCUCGACGUAAUCUCCCCGAAACAGGGAUGUCUUCUGAGACCGGGAAGAAAUUCUGUGCUGAGUACGCGGCGCGUGGCACGGCAGGCUGUAAGAAAUGCAAGACGAAGAUCGAAAAAGGACUCCUGCGCAUUGGUCGUAUCGUACCCAAUCCCUUCUCUGAUGCAGGAGGGGAAAUGAAAGAGUGGUUCCACGUAGCCUGUAUCUUCGACGUGCUGAGUCGGGCUAGAGCCACCACAAAAGUCGUCGAAGAGGCCGAAGAUAUUGACGGCUUUUCUGAAUUGAAAGUUGAAGACCGGAAGCUCAUAAAUGAGAAGAUCGAUGAGUUGCAGGAACUCGUUCAGGCGAAAAGAGCGAAGACGAAAGGAACACCCACCAAGCAAAGCCCGAACCCGAAAGCAUCCUCGACAAAAAAAGAGAGCACUGCGGUGGAAAAUGCGUCAUCGGAGGGGGGAACCGUCGGAACGAACAGGGACUUCGAAAAUCAUAAGGACAACGCUUUCAAGGAAUUCCGACGUCUUUGUGCGAAAAUCUAUGCAGAAUCUUCUUACAACGCGAAGACUGCCAUUGUGCGGGAGUUCCUGAAGAAGGGGAAAUCCGGCGUGAAAUUUGAGGGGGACACUUACCUGUGGGUCAAGUUCCUCCUCCCCAUGGUCAACAAACGCAUCUACAAUCUUCAGAGCAAACAGCUCUGCAAGCUUUUCGCUCGAAUCUUCGGAGGAGAUAUCCUCGAUGCGAUGAUUGAGCACCUUGAGGCUGGAGAUGUCGCCGAGACCAUCGCGAACUUCCACGAGACUUCGAAAAAAUGCCCGCCUCUCAAGAGCGCAGCCCUCAGCCUACAGCAGGUUGACAGGUUCCUCGAAGAAUUGUCCCCGAUGACCCGUGAAGAUGAUCAAAUUGAGAUUCUUGAGAAAAUCGCGUCGAAAUGCACUGCGAACGACCUCAAAAUGAUAAUACGUCUGAUCAAGCACGACAUCAGAAUCAAUGCGGGUCCGAAGCAUAUACUGGAGGCCCUGAAUCCCGCAGCCUACGAAGCAUUCCAAGCAUCUCUAGACCUCCAAGAAGUGGUUCGAAAGAGUCUUGCUGAAGAUUUCGGUACUGAUGUUCUGGAUGUUGGAAUCAAGGUUUGCACCCCGGUCCGACCCAUGCUCGCGGAGCCGUGUCGGUCGGUAGACUUCGCCUUCAAAAGAUGUCCGAAGGGGAUGUUCACCGAAGUCAAAUACGACGGCGAGCGCGUACAACUCCAUAAGCAAGGGGACAAGUUCCUGUAUUUUUCACGGAGUUUGAAACCCGUAGUCGAUCACAAGGUCAAACAUUUCAAGCAGUAUAUCCCGAAGGCUUUCACGCAAGGUGAUUCCUUGAUCAUAGACGGAGAAAUACUCCUUGUGAACACGAAAACGAAUGAAAUCCUACCCUUCGGUACUUUGGGAAAACACAAGAAAGCGCAGUUCGAAGAAGCAUCGGUGUGCCUGUUCGUCUUCGAUUGCCUCUUGUACAAUGGGAAGAGUCUUUUGGACGUCCCGCUCUGCGAACGUCGCGAGAUUCUCCGGAAAAAUAUGAGAGAGAUCAAGCACCACGUUAUGCUGUCCGAUAUGGAAAUCGUCAAGAGUCCCAGCAGACUAAAGACAAAAAUCGAAGACGCAAUCAACACAGGUCUGGAAGGUUUAGUUCUCAAGGAUCCUCAGAGCAAAUACGAACCAGGAAAACGCCAUUGGAUGAAAGUCAAGAAAGACUACCUGCAAGACGGUGCCAUGGCAGACUCCGCAGAUCUCGUCGUUGUGGGCGCCUACUUCGGGACGGGGAAGAAGGGUGGGAAGAUGUCAAUUUUCCUCAUGGGUUGUUUGAACGAGAAGACCAAGAGAUGGGUAACCGUGACCAAAGUUCACACUGGACACGACGAUCAAACUCUUGAGAAUCUUCAGAGAGAACUGAAGAUGAAGAAGAUUUCCAAGAACUGGGAACUAGUCCCAGACUGGCUCGAUGUGAAAUCGCAGCUUACGCCGGAUUUCGUAGCUAUUGAUCCAUUCGAGAGUCAGGUCUGGGAGAUCACGGGGGCCGAGUUCAGCAAGGCCGAAGGUCAUACCGCGAACGGAAUCUCAAUACGAUUUCCCCGAGUGACAAGGAUUCGGGACGACAAACUUCCCAAAGACGCGACAACUCUGGCAGAGCUAGAGAACCUGUUCAAAACGUCGAAAGAGCAAGUCCUGGAGCUCGACGAAGAUGUAGGAGACCGAGGCACGGGAGGAGAUAGCGAUGCCGAACCGGAAGAUCGCGGCCUUUGCGAGAUCGACGAUGAAGGGAAUUGCGAGGACGAAGUGGAUGAAAAACCUCCUGCUCCGAGCGAAAAAAGAAAACGGAAAGUCUCACCCAUAGAUAUACUCAGUGACGUGGAAUCCGACUCGUCUGACAUCGUCGCUCAGUCAACUUCCUCGCGGAAGAAAAUCAAGACCGAAACGGAUCUCUUCGAAUCUCAGAAAUACGAGCCCAAGCCCACUAAGGGACGGGGUAGGCUCCCCCCGUGUAAUUUGCCGGAUGUUUUCACUGGUGUCGUCAUAGAGGGACUUCCUGGCGAGCCAUACAAAUACGGAAAUCUACGGAGGUAUUUCAUAGCAUAUGGAGGCACAUUCAGCGAAUCCGGAAUCACACAUCGGAUUGGCACGACGAAGAAUACCACCAAAGUCGAGUGGCUUUUAGAAUCUGUGAAGCGAAGGCGAUUACUCGACGAAGAACCUUUCAGAAAUUAAAGCUUUCAUGUUUUG